CCUUCCCACUGCAGGAAGCUGCUGAGGAGCCACAUGGUCCAUCCCUGGAUUCUCCAAGCACUCACUGCCCAUCCACUCUGACCACAGCCAGGGCCACCAUCCCACUGCCUACCCAGCAUCCAUCCAUGGAGGUGACCACCGUGUCCCCAUCUCCUGCCUCACCCACUGAAGGAGAUGAUCUGUGUGAGACAGAUGUCACCAGUGUGGCCACCCACAGUGUGACACUGCUCAUCUGCCUCUGUGGGCUGGCUGGGAACGGGGCUUUGCUCUGGUUCCUUGGCUCCCGCACUUCAUCGAGGAGCAGCACCGUCCUUUACAUCCUCAUGCUGACUCUUCUGGACUUCUUCUUCCUCCUCAUUAUGUUGCCCGCCACUGUGAUCUUCCUGGUGGGGGACGUGUCCUGUUCUAACAUCAUGCCCUUGUCAUAUAUAAGGUUCCUUUUUUGGACGUCACUGUUUUCUCACAGCUUGUGGCUGUGCACACUGACAUUCAUCAGCAUCAAGAGGUGCUGGUCCAUCCACUGCCCACUCUGGCUCUGCUGUCACCAUCCCCAGCAGCUGUUGAAGGUCAUGCUUUUCCUGCUCAGGGCCUUCUUAGUCGCUCUCAUCAUUGUCUUUCAUGAUGUUUCCCUGUGCAUGUUUGAGCAACCUGAUUUUUGCAGGGUAUCUCUCAGCUCCAUACACACUUUCAACCUCCUCCUCGGUGCUCCCUUAAUGCUCAUUUCCAGCACAAUCCUCUUCACUCAUUUCAAGCCUGCCUCCCAGCAGCAGCAACCCAAGAAGCUGGACAUUGUUAUCUGCCUCAUUGUGCUCCUCACUCUGCCCCUCAGCCUCUGCAAUUUCCUGCAGCAGCUCAGCUACACCGUUGUGCCCUCCAAGUUUUAUUUCCUGCUCACCUGCAUCCACAGCAGCAUCAAACCCUUCAUCUACAUCCUGGUGGGGAGGUGCUGGAGGCCCUGCUCCGUGUGGUCUCUCCGGCUCUCCCUGCAGAGGGUCUUUGAGGAGCCAGAAGAAAACACUGCCCACAGAAAUGAUCCCACCAUGGACACCGAGGUCUGAGCCUGUUGAUUGCUUCCACUGCACUGCUGAAGGACCCUGGGACAGUGGCUGAGAGAUUCCUUGAGUCUCCUGAUCAAUAAAUACCCACAGGAUCACCCUCCCUGUGCUGCUGCAU